GUAACAUCAGCUGAAAUACGGUCGACAUAUUCUAAGAUGCAGUACCAAGCAGCAGCUUUAAGUGCCCUUGUGGCCAUUGCUGCCGGCGCCACCCUUAACGCUGAUAACACCAACUUCGAACAAGUCAUCAGUGAUGCAGCGAGCGGUGACUCAGUUAUGCUUGCAGCCGGAACCUAUGCAGUUACAACGCCUAUUGUUAUCGACAAGACCCUAGAAAUUGUAGGGGAAGGUGCAGAUUUUGUAGUUGGGUCUGCCGCCGAUGCCGUAUUCGCCUUCGGUAAUAUGGAGGGAUACGCUUCCACGCUUGACCGGCUUACUGUUACUACAGCUACUGGUUCAGGGUGUGCAUUGGGAGAACCAUAUGCACUGCAAGCAAACUUUAGCAUUGAGAUUCUGGAGGCAUAUGUACGUAAUAACAACGUCAACCUCAGAACUGAUGUUGGUGUCUGGCACAACGAGCGAAAGCUUAACGAUUUCUAUUUUGAAGACUGUCACUACUCUGUUGACCAUCCCGAAAAAAUGUCCGGCGGUAUCUACAAGCUUAUGGGCAACUGUCGCUCAGAGUUGGAUUUUAGUGUGGCUUUCAACAAGCUAGGAGGAGCAGCCCCCACAGGAUGCGGCACCACCAUUAAAGAUUACGGACGUUUUACUUCCUAUGAAGCUCAAAUCGAAGGACAAUGGGAAGAGUAUGUUGAGAAGAUCAGCGAUGAGGAAAACCUGCGAAUUCCGGUGCUUCGUGAAGGUAAUGCCGUCACUAACAUACUGGUACAAAUUGACACUGUUGCUAACGUCGCCGCUACUAUCAAUUCAAAGUGGAAUAACACUUUAGGUUGCGAUCCAACAAGCACUCCCGACUGUCCAGCGAACUGUUACCCUGGAUCAAAUGCCGCAGCAUGUCAGCCCACUGGUUGCGAACCAACUACUACCGAGCACUGCCCAGAGGAAUGUCAUAUGUAUUCCACAGACCCAGCAUGUUACCCUGACGGCUGUGACCCUGCGACAGAUCCUCUCUGUCCAGAGACCUGUCACUUGUACUCAAAUGACCCUGCAUGCUACCCAGGUGGUUGCGAUCCUGCCACUAACGUUGCUUGUCCCAGCAAUUGUACUAUAGGUUCCACCGAACCAGAGUGCAACACUGGCGGUUGCAAUCCCGAUGUGGAUGAGCACUGUCCCGUUACUUGCAGACCUGGUUCAAUUGACCCUACCUGUCAAUCCAAUGGAUGUACCAUCGAGACAAAUAUUUAUUGUCCCCCUCAGUGUCACAUAUACUCCACUGAACCCGAGUGUUACAACCCCGGAGGUUGCGAUCCUGAUGUUAUCGCUGACUGUCCCGAUACUUGUUUGGAAGGUUCAACGCUACCCGAGUGUAACCCAGGAGGUUGCGACCCUAACGACCCUGUGCAAUACUACGGAUGUCCCGCAGAGUGUAAUAUGUACUCAACGGCACCGGAGUGUAACCCGUACGAAGGACCCAUUACUGGUUCCAUCACGACCAAGGCAAUCCACGCGGCUACUGGAAACCCAUUGGCGGGAGUUGAAGCUCAAAUUAUUGACGAGGAAGGUAAUGUUGUUGACACUCAGUUGACUAACGAGCUGGGUGUUGCUACUUUCCAACUGGUUGAAGAGGGCCCGUACACUGUCAAGAUUCUUACAGAGGUCACAGAUCCUGUUUAUGGAACAGUUCAGCUCGUGGGAGACCCCGACCCGGACAAUAUUAUCGACGCAGAAACCACCGUGACAGUAACCAGAGGCCAGACUAGUAAUGCUGGUGUUUUCCCUUACGAUAACGAGGGUACCAUCACUGGUCGACUUACUGCUGGCGAUUUCAAUACUCCUCUUAUCGGUGAGCCAGUCCAGCUGAAGAAUGGUGCUGGUGUAGUUGUUGGUUCCACUGUCACUGAUGGCGAAGGGCGAUAUGCUUUUGUCAAGCUAAGUACUAGUCCUCAGGACUACCAAGUCAUCGCACCUGAUGUCAGUUUGUUCGAUGAUAUUCUUGAGGACGAGCCUUUCGAGGUGAGCGACGGCGCCCUUGAUGGUCUCUACUUUGUGCCUAUCUCUCCCACUGCCACUUCUGUUGCGAACGUUGAUUUCCACUACGUAGCACCACCAGUGCCAGUUGAUCCCACUAGCAACAUCACUGGUAAACUUUACACCACUACCACUGGUGCGCCGAUUGGAGGAGUAACCGUCGAGUUGACUGACCCUAUCACGGAUGAGGUGAUUGCUACCACUACAACCGGACCCGAUGGAACUUACAUAUUCACCGAUGUUGUCCCAGGUACUUCGUAUAUCAUUGAUACACCAUCUGAGAACCCCAACGAUCCCACAUCGAUUCUCACAAAGGAUUAUCAUGACCCUACCAAGAGUGGAACCGAAACCCCUCUCUUCGUUACUCCUGGAACUGAGAUUAAGAACGUCAAUUUCGGAUACACGCCACCAGCAACCAUCGCUGGAAAUGUCCGAAACACUCGUGAUGAGAUGAUUUCGGGUGUUGACGUUGUCAUGGUCAACAGCGCUGGAGAAACAGUUGGGAACACAGUUACCGAUAUCGACGGUAACUACAAGUUCGAGGACAUCUUCAAUAUUGAUAUAUACACUAUCACCAUGACCAAGCCUGCAGAGUACUUGCUGCACGCUGAUGAGUUCGAUGCCGAGAACGGAGAACUCAACGGUCAAUCGCCAGUCGAUUUCCAGGGUUCAUCUAUCAGUGAUGUUAAUUUCGUACUGACACAGCAGAACUCACUGACUGGUACUGUCACCAUGGUGGAUGGCACUCCUAUUGAGGGCGUUCCCGUUACGCUCAUUCCUCAAAAUGGUGAGAUCAUUCGAGUCACUGUCACUGGCCCAAAUGGAGAGUACACUUUCGACGAUGUCCUCCUUGGAGAGCACCACGUUGAUGUUCCCACGAACUUAAGUGGAGGUAAAAAUCUUGCUGAAGAUCCCGAUGGCACCGUAGACGGUCACACCGUUGUGGUUGUAGAUGUCCCCAACACGGCCACGGUUGUGCCCCCAUACAAAUACGAUACGACCCCAGUUGUUCAUCUGGGUAGUGUCACAGGUAGCACGCGUAUCGCCAAUACUCUCAACCCUAUCGCUGACGUCACUGUCGAGCUACAGGACGCUACCGGAUUCGUUGUGGCGUCUCAACAAACCGAUGAAAAUGGAACCUUCUUGUUCACAGAUCUUCCCGCUGCGACCUACACCGUUGUUGCACCUGUUAACGUCACCUCUGUGAUUGGAGAUGUGUACAUGACUGAGGAACCUGAUCACGUUGAUCCCAUUGAUGGUAUUGUCGGCUCAGUGACUGUAAACAGUAACCCUGUUUCGCUACCGCCAUACCUGUACACACUGGCUGUGAUCCCCACCGGUUGCAAUCCCGAAGUGGAUCCCGAUUGCCCCGCUACUUGCAAUCCCUACUCCACAGCCCCCGCAUGCAAUCCCCCGGGAUGCACUCCUGGUGUGGAUGCCAACUGUCCCGCUACCUGCACUGAAGGUUCUGCUGACCCUGAUUGCAACCCCGGUUGCGAUACCGCUAACGAUCCUAACUGCCCGGCGCAAUGCAGCCCUUACUCGACAUCAGCUCUCUGCAACCCCCCUGGUUGUGACCCAGCAUUGAACGCUAACUGUCCAGUGACGUGUAUUGUUGGAUCAACAGACCCUGCCUGUAACCCAGGAGGUUGUGAUCCUGCCACCAACCCUGAUUGUCCCGAAGGUUGCCACCCAUAUUCCAUUGCUCCCGAUUGCAACAUUGGUGGUUGUGAUCCCGCUCUUGAUGCGGACUGCCCCACUGAGUGCACACUAUACUCCACCGAUCCGGCAUGUAGCCAGAGUGGUUGUGAUCCAGAGGUUGAUGCAGGUUGCCCACCCCAAUGCAAUGUCUAUUCCAUCCUUCCUGAAUGUUCAGUGCAGCCCCCUGUGUUCGAUAUUGAGGCCGCUAUCAACCUUGUCGAUGUUGGUUUUUUCGAUGGCUGGAAUCACUCUAAGAUCCGUUUGGAAACGCAUUUGCCCUCUCCCUUCACCAUUCGGGACAGUCUUGUCGGUGUUGUUGGCAUGAGAGACGGGUCUUUCGAGGCUGAGGUCGGUUCGAUCUCGCAGUACGUCUUUGAGCCUGCUUGCAACCAGAUUGCUGAUGGAGAUGAGUGUAUCCAGAAUGUCGAGUUCGAUAUCGUUGCCUGCGACCUGACGGGUGAGUACUCUCUUGAGGGACUCAUUGUUACUUGCCAGGCCGAGGAUGCCUCUGGUGCCGCUCAGUCAUGCCCCGCCAUGACUGACUCCCAGAUUUACCAGCCCAAUGUGAUCUUCUUCAUUGAUACCAACAAUUUCUGUGAGGUGGAGGAGUUCGAGCUUGAUGCUUUGUUCGACCUUCAGAUCGAGGUAUACGCUACUGAAACAUACCAGACCCCCGAGACCAUCUUUGAUCUUGGAACUAUGUCUUACUGGCAGAUUACCGUCGAUACUUCCGCCAGUGGAGUGUCUCUGUACAACGCUGAGGUGACCUAUGUUGAGCGCACCACAGAUGGUGACUGCUCCGCAUUCGACGACUACAUGGGCGACAUCGCCGGUAAUGCUGAGUUCUCUCAGACUUACGAGACCAACGCCCAGACUAUCUCCAUGCCCUUCCAGGUUACAUCCCAGAUGGCUUGUGCCACUUCUGACCGGACCGGUAACGCCAUCACCAUGAACUUCACUGUCUUGGUUGACUACGAUGAUGGAUCAGGUGCCCGACGGCGUCGUUCAGCUGACGGUCUGAUGACCCGUGACGCUGGUGAGGUUGCCGUCGAUAAGGAAGCUGGUGUGCGUUACACCGCUGAGGACCUUGCCCAGGCUGCCGCUGUCGGAGCUGGAGCUGCUGCUGGAGCCACCGCAGCUAACCAGGAGGAGGAAAGUAACAUGAUGAUGAUCGGUGGAGCUAUUGCUGCGAUUCUACUACUAUGCUGCUGCUGUUGCUGCUGUGUAGCUGCCGGUGUUGUUAUGAUGCGUCGUCGCAAGAAGGCCAGCCAGUUGAACGACUCGUUGGUCUCACAGCAAUCUGCUAUGGGCUUCACUGAUGGUACUUCUACCAUGAGCUUUAACGGACAACCGAACUACCCACGCGGCCAGUCCAAAAUCUAGAUAAUGUAAUGUUACUUUUUAGCUUUAAACUUGAGACGGAUAAAGUCUUAACAAUAAAAUAUUUCCAAAGUAUGUUUUGAC